CAGCGAUCGACCACCCAAGCAAGCACAGCGACGAUGGGCGGCGGUGGGCUGCGCAUCUUGCCGCACAAGAGCUGGAACGUCUGGAACUUCAAGAACAGGGAACGGGUCCGCAAGGAUGAAGAACAGGCCCAACGAGAGGAGGAAGAGCGUCAAAGGCGGACCAGAAAGGCUGACUCUGAAGUGCGGCUGGACGUGCUGAGGAAGCGAGCCAAGCGCGGCGAUGACGAGGUUGCCGGCGCUGGCGCUGAAGAGGAUGACCUGGCAGCGAUCGCGCGCGACGUGGACGCGCAGCGCCAACAUCGCCGCCACAAGCGUGAACAUGGGCGCGAGCACAAGCAGCGCAAACAAGACAAAGACAAGAUACCAGCACCAGAGCCGACGCUGACCACGGCCUCUGGCCACAUCAACUUCUUUGAAGACCUGGAACAAGCACACAAGGAGCGUCAACAUGCCGCCAACAAGGAAAAGAAGAAGAAAGAGGAACUUGAAGCAUGGCAGAAGAAAGUCGGCGCCCUCAAGUAUCUUGGCCAAACAGUCCUCGACGCAAAGGGCCAGCAACCGUGGUACAGCCGUGAGGACCAGGUGCAUGCGGGCGAGGGAAUGGCUCCAGAGGAUCAGGGAGAGAAUGGAUCCCUUGCAUUAGUCACGGCACAGCCUCCGCAGCCAAGCAAGCACCGCGAGUUUGACCCCCUUGACACCAUGAAGACGCAUCUGCACGCCAUGGAGAAAAGGAGGACAGAUGCCCGCAGGAAGCAAGAGGACCGAGAGCGCCGCCUUGCCCCGCCCCUCUUGGGCAAUUCGCCCUCUGUUGCACGUGGCCAUCGCCCGCCACCGCCGCACUUCUCCUCGUCCUCCUCGUCACUUGCAGCUGCACAGCACACAGCACCAGCAUCAGCUGCGCCCCGCACCCACGACAGGGAUGGCAGUGCAAGUGACAGCAGUGGUGGCAGCGAUGCUGCCUCACAUCACAAGAGGAGCAAGAAGCACAGGAAACACAAGAAACACAAGCACAAGAAGCACAAGAAGGAGAAGAAAGACAAGAAGCGACGGCAUCACGGCAAGGCUGAUCACAGCUCAGGCGAGCACGAGAACAGCAUGAACACCAUGAAGCAGCGGCAGCUCCAGCGGCAGCAGCAGGAGCGCGACAGAGUCGCAACGCUGCUUGCCUUGGCGACAGCUGCGGAGACACCGCAACCAAGCCGUCGAGGGAGCUUUAGCCAGCACCCUUCCCUUUCGUCGUCCUCCUCGGGCCGACGCGGGCGUGACCGCGGCUACAGCGCCCAGUACCGAUCAUAUGCAUCCAAGUCAUAACCAUAACGCGCGUGAACAUGUGGCUUGAGUGUGGUGUGGUGUGAGACACGACGAUGCCUUUGCUGAUGUGACAUUGCUGCAUGCUAAUUGACUGCCCUGCCUGUACAUUGUAAGUGAUGAACGAAGACAACAAGCCA